CUAAUUAUCUCUUCUAAAUUUAAAUUUCUUCAAAACCCCAUUUCGUUCAUUCUUCCACGUCAUUUUCUACUUAAUUAUCAAAAAAUGCAGCAAACAGGCUCCUUCCUCUCUAUCUGCAUUUUAUCCUUUUUGGCCAUAUUUUUGAGUUAUGCUAAUUCACAAGAAUUGGGGUCUGUAGCUGUUAAUGAGCCUUUACUUUUGGAGGAAUUUAUGCUACAGCAAAUGCCAAAACGUGGAGCUAUGAAGAAAGCUGAUGUUCGCGAUUUCAUUGGGUCAAUUAAUAGUGCUUCCCGGCUUCGAUAUGGCAAGAGAGCGAUUUUGGAGCCCGUGAUAAUAGCUUCUCCAUAUAAAUUACAACAAAUGCUAGCUAAAAGAGCACCAAGCAACUACGCUGAGGCUUUGCCUGCUGGACUGCUUGAUCAGCUUAAUGGGGCUGAACGAUUGAGAUUUGGAAGAAAAUAA